GUUUACUCUGGCACAGAAAAGUGGCUGUAGGGGCGGGGAGUGGCUGCAUGAAUGUUGUCUUGAAAAAUAAGAAAAUACACUUGGUUCAAGGCAAGAAAACGAAUCUGCAAAGUUUUAACGAUCUGGACGGGCCGCUUUUGUUUGGACUGUUCAUUUUCUGUCGGUAGAACAUGGGAAAUUGUCACACCGUUGGACCAAACGAGGCCCUGGUGGUUUCAGGUGGCUGCUGUGGCUCUGAUCAGAAGACCUAUGUGGUUGGAGGCUGGGCUUGGGCCUGGUGGCUCAUCUCCGACAUCCAGAGGAUAACGCUUGAGAUUAUGACCCUGCAGCCCAAGUGUGAGGAUGUAGAGACAGCGGAGGGUGUAGCUAUUACUGUCACUGGGGUGGCUCAGGUGAAGGUGAUGACAGACAAUGACCUUCUGGGAUAUGCCUGUGAACAGUUCCUGGGCAAAUCUGUCCAGGAGAUCAAGAGUGUUGUGCUGCAGACUCUUGAGGGUCAUCUCCGUGCCAUUCUUGGUACCCUAACUGUUGAGCAGAUUUACCAAGACCGUGACAAGUUUGCCACUCUGGUUCGUGAGGUCGCUGCACCAGAUGUUUGCAGAAUGGGCAUCGAGAUCCUUAGUUUUACCAUCAAGGAUGUCUAUGAUAAAGUGGAGUAUUUGAGCUCAUUGGGGAAAACCCAGACAGCAGCUGUGCAGAGAGAUGCAGACAUUGGCGUGGCAGAGGCUGAGAGAGAUGCAGGGAUUAGGGAAGCUGAGUGCAAGAAAGAAAUGAUGGACGUAAAAUUUCUGGCUGACACAAAAAUGGCUGAUUCCAAACGAGAACUUGAAAUGCAGAAAGCUUCCUUCAAUCAAGAAGUAAACACUAAGAAAGCAGAGGCUCAGCUGGCGUACGAGCUGCAGGCUGCCAAAGAGCAGCAGAAGAUUCGUCUGGAGGAGAUCGAGAUCGAGGUGGUGCAGAGGAAGAAGCAGAUCACCAUCGAGGAAAAAGAAAUUGACCGCACAGAGAAGGAGCUCAUUGCUACAGUGAAGAGGCCAGCGGAGGCAGAGGCCUACAAGAUGCAGCAAAUCGCAGAGGGACAAAAGAUCAAGAAGGUGCUUACCGCUCAGGCCGAAGCUGAAAAGAUCCGCUGCAUUGGUGAAGCUGAAGCCAACUCCAUCGAGGCUGUGGGUAAAGCAGAAGCCGAGAAGAUGAGGCUGAAAGCAGAGGCGUAUCAACAGUAUGGAGACGCUGCCAAGACCGCUCUGGUCCUGGAGGCUCUGCCCAAGAUUGCUGGUAAAGUUGCUGCACCAUUGGCAAAGACUAAUGAGAUUGUGAUCCUGAGUGGAGACAGCAACCGUGUGACUGGAGAGGUGACCCGCCUCUUAGCUGAGCUGCCUGUGUCAGUGAAUGCCCUCACAGGGGUCGAUCUGACCAAGAUGCCACUGCUGCAGAAGAUGACUGGAGUGGCUGCAGUUUGAUGACUCCACUCUCACCUGCCUCAAGCAUGAAAAUACACGUCUCUUAUACUCAACCUCAGACCCAUUUAUGCAAGUUCAUUUGACCAGAGACACCAAACAACACAUUUUAUAUUUUUAUGAAAUUUUUAAUUUUUAAGUUGCUGGGACCUUUUACUGUAAGGACCAGACUAUUAACAUGUGCUUUUUAGUUCUUAUAGACCAGAUUUAUGUUGUAAAACUAUACUAUGUUUAGUUUACUUCCUAGAUGGGGCAUAUUUGGGAGAUUAUUAGAUUACAGUCAAUGUGUAAAGGGGCAUGAAGUUAAACUAUAGAGACUCGUAUUGUAAAUCUGAAUGUUGUUUGUUUCUAAAGUUUUAGUUUGCACUGCUUACUAAGUAGACUCCUAAUUACCUUUUAUUUUUUAAGAAGUAAACAACUUCUUGUUCUUGUUCUGACUGUAAAACUAUUUGGUUCAUUGUUACAUGUCUUCUACUGUGCAGUGCCUGUUCACCACUAAAGUGCCCAAAGCUUAGGAAUCCUUUUGGUUUUUAUGUUAGAUUUAAUUGUAUAGUAUGCCACUGUGUUCUAUCACUAUUACUAACAAUACUUUUUUCUACUUUCAUGCUUUGCUACAUAUACUAAAGCCAUAGACUCGCCUUAAAACUCUGGUUACCUGCCAGGAUAACUUUUACUAUUACCUCAAAUAGAACAUGGUAGAUGGACAGGGUGUAAGCUUUAAUUAAUUCUGUUAAUUUUCUGUGACAAUAUUUUAGACCCAUAUUAAUUAAAGGUACCCUGUGUAACCUUUUUCACGGUAGAGGGUCUGCUACCUGCUUCUCUGUUGAGAUGUUAUGACUUUGUUUUGUAUGUUCCAUAGUAUGACAUUAUACUUAUCUGUCUUGUAUUUGCUCUAUUACAGGUGUUUUUAUUGCUACAAAAUGUUCUGAAAACAUAUGAGUGGGGUGGCUUUUUCACAGACCUGGCCUGUAAUUUGAACUGGUAGCAUCACCACGUUGUUCCCAUAGAGAUAGAGCAGUUUAUUGCUGUACAGUGGAACAUUUAAAGCAAAAACAUUUCCUUUGAGAUGAGAAGGUGGCUGACUCUCCUCCAGAAAAGUUACACAGUGUAUCUUUAAUGUUUAAUUCACAGGCUGCUAAAAUGUGGUGAUGCAGUGUUUUUUUAAGAUGGAAAUUGGACAUGUGAUCUGCUGGUAAACAUAGUAAGAGCUUUGCCUUGACUGAAUUUUGAUGUGAACAGGAAUGGCAUCACCACUACUAAAUACACCCAUUUACAAAGCCUACUUAAAUAGUGAUUGAACUAUACCAUUUGUGUUUUUAUGUGAUGACAGGUUAAAUGCAAUGUGAAUGCUUUUGCCUCUAGAGGGCAGCCUUGGAGAAAUGUUGCUGGAUGCAGUUGCUCCUCUUUUUCGCAAUGUUGUUCAUUUGAGCAUGUAUGUACCUACUACAAAUCCACUUUCCAGAAAUCUGUGACAUGCCGACGUUUUCAGAGGCAUUGGCGAGUUUUUUUUUUUCCAGUUUAUACUUGUAUUUUUUUAUUGUAAAUGAUAUUAGCAGUGUAAUCCUCUACUAAUGAUCAUCAAAUCUCAGAUAUCUAAUUGUGAAUAAUAUUGUGAAGUUUAAGUUAGUGAUCCUCCUAAUCAGCUGUUGUAAUGUCAUAUCUUCAGGUUCAAAAGGCCAGUAUUUGAAGUAAAAUAUACAUAUACCAUUGUGGCUCCCUGAUUUAAAUCUCUAUUCUAAUUUAACCAUUUUCUGGUCCUAUCAAAUUGCUUAUAUGUGUAGACAGACAGUACCUCAAAUCAAAUUCUAUAAGAGUUUUUAAGAAAUAAAAAUGGUGCAGUAGAUGUAAGCUUUAUACAUACUAAGAUGAUACAUGUUUCACCUUUUAUUGUGUCUCUCUAAGGAUCAUAAAUGACUAUCGUUUGUAAUAAACUAACAUUUACUGGAUUCAAGUUUCGCAUUGUCAUGUGAGAGAGACCAAACACUAGGGACCUAUGCCUUAUAUUACUCUUGUCUGGAAGUAUAAUAUAUAACCGUUUCAAUAUGUAGCUUAUCUAACACUGGCCGUUGGAAAAUUGUAUGUAUCAGCCAUUGCAUCUACAGCAUGUGUUCAUAUAAUCCACCUUAUCUGUGUGUGACCCUGCACAAAUGCCAUAGACCCCCAGUGUCUGUCUGCAAACACAAAAAUAUUGAAAUAAAGAUCACAUUGUUGUUUUCA